UGAAAUAAUGAGAUUUAGAUAAAUAUAAAUCAAAAUAAUAACGUAUGUUUAUUUUGUUAUAAUUAUAUAUAUUUGAUAAAUGCAAUUAUGUAUCGAGGUAAAUUACAAUUAACCACUCUCAGACACUAUUAUUAGUUGACAUUCUCGACUUAAUUGGGAAUUUAUAAAUGCAUAAUAUUUAAACAUAAAUUAUUUGCUUUGUAAUAUACGUGGCAAAAUAUUUUGGUAUGAAAAAUAUUGAAUGGAAAGACUAUUUAAUCAGGCGGCCGAUGUCAAAUCUGUCGUAUUGUUUAAACAGUCAGCUCUUCAAUAUUAUCACUGAUAUUUAUCUAGUUCUAUGUGUUCAAAUUAUCAAAUAUCCAACACUUAAUGAAUAACACACAAUCUAGUUUAUUGCGGUGUUUUGCGCUAUCAAAUUCAUACAGCUACCAUAAAAUGGUUCGUUACUGAUAUAAUAUGUGUAGGAAAUACUUUAAAUGGAUAGGAAUAAAAUGAAAACAAGAUUUAAACAACUGCGGGUAGUGAUUUGUGGAUUUCUAUAACAGAACUUCUUUUUUGUUUAAAAAAAAUGGAAAUAUCCGGACAGGAAUUUUAUUCUUUCUUAAUUUGGUGGUGGAUUAAUUGCGAUGUAUAUUUUUUUUUAAAUAAUGGUGUAAUCAAAGCAAUUUAUACGGAGAUGUCUUAAAGAUAUGAAUAGUAUAUUCAUAUAUUAUUUAAUAACUUAGAAUAAUUUAUUUCAAAUAAAUGCCACAUACAAAAGUUAUUCGUCAUUUUCAAAAGCCUCGUGCUGCCAUUAAGGGACCGGUCGGACGGUAUAUAAUCCGUAUAGACGAGCCAGAGGGGCUUGAAAUCGGCUCAGAGACAAACACGCCGAGGAAUCCAACAGUUCGUUUAAAGGGCUCUAUAUCAGCGAUAAACCCCGUUGCUAGUCAUAUUCUCAGGCUGAAACGUAGUAAAAAGAACAAAAUGAGGCAAGUGAACAUUGAGUUUAAGGGAAUGGAUACCGACAGAUCGUCGGCAGGCGACAAGGAUCAUUUACCGCCGUUGACGACGACACUUACAUUUUCAGAUUAUCUGUGCAAGUGGUGUUUAACAUAUGUUGGUCAGCGUCGGCAGUUCUGUUCAGCCGAUUGCGCCUCACAGUUCAAAAUUUGUCAGAAGAGACGAGAUCAGAAACAGAAUCUUAACAUAUCUGUGGAUUACUAUGGUAACGUGAAACUGAGUAUACAAGGAUUGCCUAUAUCGGCAAACGAACACGCAGAAGAUGGUGCAAUAGGAACUACUUUUCCUGCAAUAAGUCAAAAUACUGGAGCCGGUGGCCGGCAUAAACGCCGACGGAAAAGAUGUCGGAAUUGUGCUAAACUUCUUAUGGACGUGGAGGAGGAGGAAUUUUGCGAUGAAUCUUGUCAAGAAAUGUUUAUAGAUCGAACUAAGAAGGACGACUUUGUCAAUAUUUUUCAACAAAAAGAGGCAGCCGAACGCCGACGGAUACGGAAGUGGUUGACAGACGCCCAAGAUCAAUAUACAAAACAAGUUGGGGACGGUUACUCAGGACCAGAAGGUGCAGAUAUAACGAGUGGACCGGCUGCCCUUAAUCCGCUUCCGGUUACAAGAACUCCCAUUCCGCCCAUCCCAUCCGUUGUUCCACCCAUACAAAUACCUAACACAGAAUCUAUAAAACGGCCUAAAGAAUCGGCAAGAAGUCUAGGGCAUGGGUAUCCGUUCCGUCGUAUUCAACAUGUUCCCGAGUCAACAUUUCGUCUGCACAGAGAUGAAGUUGUAACGGGUGGUCCAGUUACAUUAAACCCCAUUCCAUUACGGAAAGGUCCAAUACGUCCUACCAGACGAGAUUUAGAAAUAGAUCCAGAUAAACGUCAACUGAUGAUCGACUUAAAGUGGAUUCCGAAGUUCAACAUUUAAAUGAAACAUAUACAAUACAUCGAACAUCCAUUUACUUCUGACGUCAUAUGUCUGCAUAAUUAUGAAUUUCACAUGUACAA